AUGACAGACGUGUUGUACGAUCCUCUCGUCGAUGUUGACGCCGUCUCCUUUGAGUACCCGUUCAGCAGCAACAAUAAGGCGGCUGGAGGCAUCCACGGCGUCAACCUCCGCGUGCACCGCGGCGACCGUGUGCUGGUCGUUGGGCAUAAUGGCAGCGGCAAGUCGACGCUUCUCGCCGUCGUUGCAGGCCGGCGGAAGGCGUCGAAGGGCCGUGCCACUGUGCUUGGCACCGACGCCUUCGACAACACACGUCUGCAGCAGCACGUCGCGCUUAUAGGCAACCCAUGGCCACCGGAGGCGUUCUUUGCCAGCACCGUCGCCAGUAUCGCGUCACCAGCGCCGCUGCUGGAGCGGAGGCAGCGCAUCGCUGACGCGCUUCACCUCCCGCUGCAGCGCUCCGUCAGUAACAUGAGUUCAGGAGAAAAGCGGCGCGUUCAAAUCCUUCACGGCAUGCUGCAGCAGAGCCUUGUCUACCUUCUGGACGAAUGCAGCACGGACAUUGAUGUGGCGGAGCGCAAGACGGUGCUUGAGCUCAUAAAAUCGGAGUGCAGUGUCAACAGAGGGUGUUGCCUGUACGCAACUCACAUUUUUGACGGCGUUAGCAACUGGGCAACGCACGUCCUUUUGAUGCAGAACGGCUGUGUUGUUGAUUUUAAGAAGAUGAAUGAUAUUGAAGAGCCAUUGGAGGUGUUUGCACACAAAUUCCUUGCAAGGCAGCGUGGGGGAUCGUUUAGUCGUGCAAUCCUUGAUGCGCCUGUAACAAAGGAAGUGGAGACAAAUACCAACAUCAACUACAAGGGUGAAGGAGAGCGAACUCUGGCUACUGAAGAGGAGGCUGUUAUCGUGUGCCGGCAGCUGCAGUACAAGGAUAUCUUCAGAGACCUCACUUUUACGAUUUACAAAGGGGAGCGUGUGCUGCUUUGUGGUUGUAACGGGGCCGGGAAGUCGACACUGCUGAAUAUGAUGGGUGGAAAACAGUUCUUCAACAACCGAAGUAAGGCCCUGCGUAUUCUCGGAAAGGCUUGCUACGAGGAUAUGACACUCAACAGCCUUGUUGCGUUCGGCGGUGACUGGUGGACGGUCGCACCACCGGGCGAAGUGCAUGUCAGGGAGAUGCUGCAGCUCCGCACUCCACGGUCACAGCAGUUGUGUGAUCUUCUCGAUGUGGACUUGGAUUGGGACGUCCGCCACAUUUCUCUCGGCCACCAGAAGCGUGUGCAGCUGCUGCUACAUCUUCUGGAAGAUAAGCCCAUUGUUCUCCUCGAUGAAGCGACCUCUGAUCUUGACCUUGACCAACGGCAUGCGUUGCUGUCAUUCCUGUACAACGAGAGCGUCAGUCGCGGCGUGACUGUGGUGUACGCAACGCACAUCUUUGGUGGGUUGGGCAACUGGCCGUCAGCCGUCAUGAUACUUGACCGCACUAAACGAGGCCUCCACGCGAUGUGGCGCAGCGGAGACAGCAACGCAAACGGUGGGGGCAGCAUGGAUUGGCGACGCGUCACGGAUGAGCUUAUCGCCUUAAAGAAGAGGGAGAAUACCGAUUUGACUAGUGCGUAG